AUGUCACUCAGAGACCGAUGGACAAAGCUAACCCACACCGUACGGUGGAUCUGGUUUAUGCUCUUCUUAACCACCAUCGCUCUCAUUGUUGUGCUCGGCCUGCACAUAGUCUUCUUCGCCAACACACACAAGGACACAUCCGACUGGAUGAUUAACUGCGCCCCAACCGAUGCUAUUCCCCUCAUCUCCGAUGCCCAAGACGCCGUCACCGAGCUCGCCACCAUGCCCACCGAGCACUGUAGAGCCCUCGACCGCAGCACCAUCAUCCUCUGCCACGGCACCGCCUGCAUAUCGCGUUUUGAGCCUAUCGAGGAGCGCCGUUUGAAGGAAAUAAACGGCUACAAGGAGUACCCCGAGUCGGAGCCUACGUGUAUGUUCUGGGCGAAUUGGCUGAAUAGAAUCAUUGAGAAGUCGGAGUGCCGGUCACCGGACGGAUUAAGGGCGGAGGGGAGGAUUAUAAGGGACAAUGAGGGGCAGGAUUUGUCGGAUGUGCGCUUGCUUAGCAAUACCACACUCGGGUGGACGUUUGGACGAUGA